AUGGAUGCCGCUGAUCGCCUGAAGGAGUCGUUGCUGGACGCUGCGUGGGUGGGGCAGGCUUUGGAGCUUUUUGCGGAUGAACUUCGUGAUCUUGAGCUUCUAGAGGAGGAAGAGGAGAAGAGAUUUCAGACGGAGCUGCAGCGGAUGCGUGAGGUGUCGGCCGAGAGUACAUUGGCCCCUUCCGCGAGCGCGGAGCCGAAGGUGAUGAAUAACGAAAGGAAGGAUACAGCGCGGCCCAGAAAGUACGGUUCUUCCCAACCCAAGCGGGGUGCGGCGGAGCGGACGGCUGGGACGGCUGGAGGGACUGCAAAAAGCAUCAGCGGCUUUUCCCAAUUAAUCAAGGAGAAGGAGGCUGCCAUGAAAUUGGCAAGAGAGCGGGAAUUUUGGUAUCGCAGCUUACAUGACAUGAAACAGCAGAUGCAACAUGCGCGCGAGGAGGCGGACCGACGGCGGGCUUUCGCACGCCGACAACUACGUUUUUUUACUGCCCGAAGUAUUGACGAGUACAUGAUGGAGGAAAUCUUGCAGGGGGUACCGGGGAUGGCUUCUAGAGGGAAAUCAACUUUGGCGGAUGCUAACAGUGAUGAAUUUCACAGCAAAGACGCGGUCUCUGAAGAGGGAUCUGUGACUGUUGUUUCCACUGGAACUCCUACAACGGAUGCGCCAGUCCUGCUGGCACGUUCUGGAUGCCCAGAUACCCUUGACACCGAGUGUGAGUUCACCAUCGACGCCGUUGGCUUCGCGAGAGAUCUUAAUGCCUCACUGGAGAAGGAGUACGGCUUCCGUCCCGUCUUGUCCACGGCCGAGGAUAAGGCAGAUAAUACCACCACCACCACUGCUGCCACCACCACUACGACUGCCACAACCACCGCCACUAUGACAAUCUGUCAACUGAAGAGCAAACUCCUCACACACGCACCCGGGGAUUUGAUGAGUGUUGGGGACUCAUGGAGUCUCACGCUACCGCCCGUAGUGUCGACCCACGAGGGAGCAGCUGUGCCUCGUUCUCGUUCUCGUUCUGUACAUACCACACAUGAGAGAAAAGUUAGCGUGCCACUUCCCGCCAUUAUUCAUCAAGGUGAUGGCGGAGUUGCGGACUCUGACGCUCUCUCGCGUUUUUCUUCUCCUCCCCCGACUGCAAAUACGACUGCGGAUGGCGUCGCCAUUGCGGCAACGCCAAGAACAGGCACAAUAAUCCCGAAAGGCAUGAGAGAGGCGGGAAGUGUACCAAAGGUGACUACAGGCUACCAAUCGCAUCAUUUACUCUUUAAAACCAAAGCGAGAUCCGGUCGUUUUGCCUAUAUUGAGUGCUCUGCGGAAAACAAUCGCGUGAAGUUACGGACGACGGUGGGUGCGGAGGUAAGCACAACUGUCCGGUUCAUCAAUCGCGAACCCAAUCUUCUUCGCCUGCGGAUUCCUCCCUCCAAACAUGCAUGGAUUACAUACUCGAUGGUGAAAUCCUCCGUGGACCGACGGGUUUCUCCGGCAUCACGUUCAACUUUUUCUUCCGUUAAACCGCCGCCGCCGCCGUCGUCAUCGUCGUCCUCCUGCUUGGCCUCUGCUGCAAUGACUCGCAUAGCACUGAGCGAACCUCUUGGAUGUGGUGGCUUUGUUGACGUACGUAUCACAUUUAAGCCACAAAGCGCAACUGAGCCUUUAGUGAGGGAGGUGCUGCGGCUCGGGCACUGCCGGGAACUGAAUUCUCGCAGUGGUGAGGGGAAAAAAUGGCAUUUUUUUGAGGUUAAUGUGACUUGCGAAACGGUUUUGCCACAGUUCUCUCUUAUUCCCAUCAAUUACCAAGGGGAGACGGGGUCGGUGUAUUCUGCUGCAGUUCCUUCAACUGGGAAAAGGUCUCACUGCCCCAAAAUGUCUGAACAAGCUGUGACCACAGUUGAGUUUCCAUACACGUAUGUUAUGGACACGUGCUCAAGGCAAUUUUAUCUUGAAAACACCGGUUCGGUUGCCAUGGUCACGCUGAACAGCACCUCUCCAUGCUUCAAGAUUGACCCGUCGACUGAGAAAGCUAUACUUUUGUCUGGCGGGGACCGCGUUGAGAUCAAUGUCUGUUUUGUCCCCAUAAAAGAGAUGCGCUACGAUGCCGAAGAGCUGAUUGUAACUGUGCGAGAAUUAGAGGAAGGGCCCGUCAUUUCUGAGCAGCGUUUCAAGCUUUGCGGAGAGGGUGUCCUGCCUCGCGUUGAUCUUGUGCGUGUUGGGACUUUGGAGCUAAGUGCGCCAGAGCAGGAUGCUAGUGUGCCGCAGUACAUGGUUCCUGGCACAGCGCCUGGUGUUGAAACGAAAGUAUUGGUGGUAGUACACAACAGUGGUCCCAUCGGGGUGCCGUACUUUUGGAGGACGGACAGCAUUGGUGGUGGGAGUUCAUUGGGAGGAGUUCAGUUGAGUGUGACACCUGCCACCGGCGUAUUGCCUCCAGAGAAUGAAAGCGUUUUUCUCGUCUGCUUGAGGCCUGCUACGGCCCAGCCCUUGGCUGCUGUGCUGAAUCUUUUUUUAGAGGGUCUUCCCAUGCCGUCUGCUGCAGAAGAAGCGGCGGUGUCGGAUCUGUAUGUCCGUGGCAGGCCUAUUCCUGCCGUGCUUGCUGCCGAGGAGGUCCAAACGAUGUCAGAUCCCUACAGCGUGUUUCAGCGAUGGACGCGAGAGCAGCCAAAAGAUUGUUCUGGUGUUUUUGCCACGGGGUUUUACCUCUUUGCCGAUCCCGUCACGCCAUCCCUAGUGAUGAUCCCGGAUCACCUGGAGGAGGGAGUGGAGUGUCUUGUGAGCUGCAGGAAUUUACGGCGCAUUACCAUGAAGAACAACUCUCCGCGGCCGCUACAUUUCUGCCUGGACCCGAAUCCCGAUGAAUGUCCUCCCGAGGUAGUGCUCUCGAAACGCGACCGUGAAUUUGUGGACGUCGGAUUUGAACCUCGAAAAGGGUGCGUGCCGCCAUACGCCAGUGUCACGGUUUUGUUCCAGUUUACAUUGAGAGAAGUGGGCCAACAUAUGUUUGUUUUUGACUGCUACAUUCCAGAACUGAUGGAGCAGCUCACAACCACGUCGACUGCAAGUGUUACGGAGGGUACAACGGCACCGCCACCAACACAAACAGGAAUGAUAAAAACGCCACCGACGACGGAAUUUUACUGCACGCAUCAACUGUACCUUAGCGUGACUGGCGUUGGCCCCUCCGUAAGUGUGAGCACGGGUUGCUUGGACUUUGGCCUUAUUGAAUUAGGAGCUGAGGCUGAGGCAUCCUUUACGGUGUCGAAUGACAACCCGAUUGCUAUUGUGUUUGAGCUCCAGGAUCCAAUCAUGCAGGAGAAGGGCCGCUUUGUAUUUCUUCCCCCUUCUGCCCGUCUUGGUGCGGGGGAGUCGGUGGAGGUGACGGUUUACCGCCAGGCGGUGGAGUUGGACGACUCGCAGGCUUUUUUUGAAUUAAUGGUGCGAGGCGGCGAUACGCUGGCGAUUGAAACACAUGCAACCAUUCAGGUUCCUUCGC